AUGGAAAUGAGACUCGACGCCAAAAUGCAGUUCAGUUUUCUCAACUCAGGUGAAACUGAAGACGGCAGAAAAGAGAUUUUAUCAGGCAUCUCAGACCCUCCAAACCCUGGAAACUCAAGAUCCCAGCUUCACGUAUGGCUAUUUUUCAGAUCAGUGGAAGCGACAGAGGGAGGUCCAGCUGGCUGCAAUGGAAGAACGUGGCAUACAACAGAAGCUAGAGGAACAUCUGGUGAAGCUUCUCGACCUGGAACAGCAGGUGAAAGAUGCACACUUUCACGUCUUUGGAGGAAGCGCAGAGGAAAUCGGACCGAAGCCGAGAUGGACAAAUUUCUAACAUUGCCGUCUUCAAUUGUCGCACUCGAAAAGGCAGUGGCUGAUAUCACUUUGGAGUUGGGAACACCUGAGUUCAAUCGCCUUCGGGAGGCUACUGGUGCAAAAGCGGAGGCACUGAUACGCGUGCGGUUGGCAAAGAUGAAGCUAUAUGAGGCUAAGGUGGGAAUAGUAGAAGCCCAAAAAAAGUGGGAUAAGGGUGGUCAAGGCAAAUGUGUUCAGUUUACAAUUGAAAAAAUUGAACUAAAGCGCAGCAAGGUCUUAAAACUCUAA